GUAUCAUUUCGUGCGAGUUAUGUCCCUUGGUCGUUAAACCGGAAGUUUUCGAAAUAUUCAGGUGUUUCUGACAGGUAUUUUAUGUGUUUUGGAUCAUAAAACAGCCGGGUUUGGACGCACCUGCCAAAAUGGCUUGUAUUACCUGUCUUGGUCGGACCCCUUUUGGGUCCCUGCUGGCAAUGAUUAUUGUGAUUAUCGGAGUCUGCGUCUUCUGCGGCACCUCCUACCAGGCCCUCAAAAUCUUCAUCGACGACAUCCUCAAUGAUCUGUUCAACUUUAAAGUGGGAUGGCUGGAGGUGAUCCAAGUGGUGUUUGUUGUGCUGGCUGUCAGCAUGGGGAUCUUCGCCAUCAUCUUGCUCAUCUUUGGGCUGCUCGCUACCGGAGCCACCAGACAGAACGUGUACUCUGGAGCCAAGUGCAUCAUGGGAGGCAGAAUAUCUGCAGCUUUCUUCAUGGUAAUCUCGUACAUCCUGAAUUUGGCCUGGAUCAUCAUCCUCUCCUUCUCCGUCGUCCCUAUGAUCAUGUACGGAGCACUGGCAGCCAUUUGCAAUCACGAGGUCUACAGCCGUAAUGCACAGACAAUCAACUACUGCUUCAACCUGACUCAGUUUGGGAUCUACCGGAACAGUUCGUUCGUGUCUGGUAUCACUCCCCCGGGAAAAGAAGCGGUGUGUCUGCACAAUGAACUGAAGAGGAUGUGUGUGAAGGUAACAGAGUCUGGUCCUCUCUUCUGUGUGGCCUUCAUCAGUGCCCUUCUAAUUGUGUUGGGAAUGAUUCACUUCAUGAUCUGUCUGGCGGCCAACUACACCCGCAUCAGGAUAUCGAAGGAACUGACGGAAUACAGGGAUGCUGUGGAGAUGGAGGAGCUGGAAAUACAGAGCGUGGAUCGGCUUCAGAAGGGUCCACCGCCCUACCUUGGGGACUGAACUUCCUGGAGAUGUCAACUAGAAAGAGAAAAACACUGGGCAUGGUUGAUGAGAUUCACUGUUUCUUGUUCAUCUCACCUCCACCUUCUGUAUCGGCUGUUGUCAGUAGUCACAUGUCAUUAUGUUUAGGGGUGAAACGAUGCAUAGGUUACGAUACGAUACAUAUCACAAAAUAUAGGUCAAGAUACGUAUCGCGAUACGUAUAUUUACGUCAAAUCGCAUGGAAACUUCUUGACAAUAAAUAUUUCAGAGCAAGUUCAAAAGGAAGAGCUGGCUGUAGACACAUGUUCAUAGUGGCUAUUUUUAGUAGUGAACUUGAAACGCUAAUUACAACACAUUUUGCGAUAUCUGACUGACAAAAAUGCCAGGAGUCAUAAAUUAAAAUCGUCACGAUAUGGCUGAAAUAUUGCCGAUGUGACGUAAAGCAUUAACUCACUCACUCACUCAUAAAUUAAAAGAGUAGUAAGUAAUAUUUCAGCAAGUGUAUCAUCUUGUAUCAAUACAGAAACCAAAAAGUAUCGUGUAUCGUACCUUUACACCAAUGUAUCGUUUCACCCCCAAUUAUGAGGGUUUGAAAAAUAGUAUUAUUUUGAUGAGUAGCUCUCAUAAAGAUGGCAAAAUGUAUUGAUCUUGAAAAUUGUAAUGUUCUAUUUGAUUGAGGAUUAUUUUGUUUUCGAACAUGUUAAACUUCUUUUUGUUGAGGUUUUUUAGGGGAAAUGACUCUUAAAUCAAUUCAAACCACAUUUCCUUGUUCCUCUUGCCUCUUGUCAAGAUAAUAUGUAAACCAAGAAAUCAAUUUGGUCUUGUCUUUUUCAGCAGAUGAGUUUGUUUAUAUUCAAGAGUAUGUAACAGAACUUGUAACCAUGGAAACUAUAUUGUUUUGCAAAGUUUGACAGCAUUGAUCAAUGAUAGUGAGUUUGUUCCUUGCCUUGGCUAAGUGCCUUAGAAAUUAUGUUGAUCACAUGAGAUAUAUGCUUGAAAUUACAGAGGGGCUGUUUCUGCGGCUUGUAAUGCUCUGUACCUGAAAGAGGUCUGCCUGAAAGCCCCUUGAGCAGGUAUAGACAGGGUUUAUGUAAUUCUCUUCUGUGUACAGGUCAGUUCUUGGAUGAAGUGAGGUUGUUCAUGAAUUAUAUCUUUGUGAACCCUUGACACCGGUUUUUAAACCUCAGAAAUUUACACACACAAGUAUAAAUUUUGAGAAAACUGUUCCACUUGUAUAUAUUCAUUUUACUUUCUCAAACACAAUAUUUUGGAAAAUGCAUUUUCAUUACAUUCCAUUUCACCUUUUCAUUCGUUGAUGAUUGAAAGCAUUGGGUCAUUUUACAACCCAAUAUUCACAUGCCAUUCCAGUUUAUGAGAAAUCUUUGUAUAAGUACCAGUAGUUCUGUAUAGCCGUGCUAUGUUAACUGACACAUAUUGAUGUACAUUUUUGUUUUUGUCUUUAGUCAGUUAUGUAGAUAGUAGACAUUGUAACACUUUAUUACUGCUGGAAUGUCUAAAUGUCUAAGAGGUGGUCAGCAUUCAUCAUGUCUAUAAUGUGAGCCUAAUCCAUAGCGUUGCCACUUCAUACCUCAAGUUUUAAAUGUUCCCACAAUGAAAAAGUCCUUGCAACAUUCUUUAGACUUCCCUUAUCGAUUCUAUCUGAUUCAGUUGCACACAAGACAUCAUUAUGAGUCUGUAGUGAUUUUGAGUUAGUGAGUUAGUUGGGUUAUGGCUGCUUUGGACAAUAUUUCAGUUAUAUCAGUGCAUGUCAGCUUGAUGUUAACUGACGCAAGUCUCAGACAUUUUCCACUUUGGUGAAACCCACGAGCAGAGUACGGUCCUGACAAACCUAGAAACAUAAUCAGGGUGGACCGGGAUUGAAAUCCAUUAUCAUAGGUUCCUGUCAUGCCAAAGGGACGCAACUCUGCACGGCAAAUUGCAGUGCCUUAGACGACUGGGUCACCCGUUCUCCUGUAGUCACUUUGAAACCACUCCCUAUCAAGUCACAGGUGUUGAGACCAUGCAUCAGACAUGCUACUUCAUUGAGGAGGACUAGGGUAGCCGAGUGGGUCAAGUGUUCCCUCAUUAUGCCCCAGGUUUGAUUCCCCAUGUGUAGGAUUUCUCAGUCCAUCAGGGGCAAUUGGAUAGCCUAGUGGUUAAAGUGUUUGCUUGUCAUGCUGAAGACCCUGGUUCAAUUUUCUGCAUGGUACAAUGUGUGAAACUCAUUUCUGGUGUCUCCAGUUUAUAUAUUACUCCAUAUUAGUCUCCAUAUUACUGGAAUAUUGCCUCACACUUGGUCCAGUCUGUGAAGGAAUUGCUUCAAUAAAACUGUACAUACUGCAAGUGAUGGACUGCCCUCUCCGUCUGUCACCAUCACUGGCCUUCAAUUAGGAGAUAAACAUGUAGUUUCAGAUUACCGGGUUUUAUUGAGUAAUCAAUGCCCGGGAAUAUAUUUUCGGCAUUCUGAAGGAUUCAAGUAUUGAAAUUUCCAGGUAUCUAAUUAACAUGGUAUCUAUUUCCAUUCUAUUAUUUCACAAAUUUGGGAUAGAGAAAAAGAUCAUCAUCAAGAAAGUUAUUCUGCACAGUGAAAUGACCAGCAGAUUUCCUAGCUUUGAAUCCCUUUCAAUCACGUUUUUCAACCAGUCAGAUUGCAGCACACACUCCUAUUAAUUAUAUAAUGUCGUUAAACCAUGCAGUUAUUUUUUCUGUAGAUUAUUGAAUUCAUCUGAAGAGCACAUUGUUUUUACAACACAAGAGAACCAAAAAUAUAUGUGCUAAUAAACACAAUAAAAUGGCAGCAAAGAGA